AAUUUAUAGCAUAGCUUUACAAAGAAAAAAAAAAUCAUGUAUCCUUAACAUUUUAAACAGUUAUCAUGACCAGUUUGCAAUGUUAGCAGAGUCUAUGGCCAAGGAGAGAAAGGAACUUCAAGUCAGAGAAAAAGCCCAAGAAAAGGUUUUGUCAAAAAUGAAAGGAGAACUCAGAAAAAAGAUGGAGACGGAGAUAAGGGAGUUCCAGGAGCAGCUGUACAGGGAUGAGGAUGAUGUUUACUACAGACAGCUGGAUGCUGACAGAGUGAAGCAUGACCUGCAAGUGGCACAGUACCACUCUAGAUUACUGUAAACUAUUCUUUUCCUAGACCCAACCUCAGCCAAAUUGGGGUUUAUGAUCAAAUACUGUCAUUACCUGUCUUUGUCUUUUACAUUUGUGUAUUGAUGAUGAAAGUACUUUACCAGUAAUUCCCCUGAAAAAUCUUUAGGAAUGGAUGUUAUAAUUUGAUUGGAGACAAAUUAUUGUUCAUUGGUUCAAUGGAUGGAUAAGUGACAGUGGGCUCUU